AUGGCCCAAAACCAGGUCAUCCUGCAGUUCCACUUCGCUACGUUUGGAGACUCCAUGCUGCAAAAGAUGAACCUCCUUCGGCACCAGCGGCGCUUCUGUGAUGUCACCGUACGCAUCAACCAGCUUAAAGUCCCCGGUCAUAAAGUGGUGUUUGCUGCGGGUUCGUCUUUCCUCAGAGACCAGUUUAUCCUCCAGCAGGACUCCAAUGAAGUGCAGAUUUCCAUGAUUCAGGAAGCAAAGGUUGGCCAGCAGCUGCUGCUGUCCUGCUACACGGGCCAACUGGAAUUUCCUGAACUAGAGCUGGUCAAUUACCUGACAGUAGCCAGCUUCCUCCAAAUGGGUCACAUUGUUGAACAGUGCACUCAAGCGCUAAACAAAUUCAUCAAGCCGCAGGCUCCUAACAAAAUGGACAUAGACAGCGAGUUGCGGAGGGCUAGCAGGGAGGAUGCUUUGAGAGAACAGGAGACCAUCCAGACGGCUGAGUCCGUAGAGGAAGAUAUCAGUAGUGACGAUGACGACGACGAUGACGAUGUCAUUAUCCAGCCGAAAUCCCCACCGCAGAUCUUGGACGCGCAGCCUAGGCACGACAUGGGAGAUAGUGACAUUAGCAUUGUGAAGGUGGAGAGCGUGGAGGCUAACUUUCCCACCAGCUCUCCAGCUGCCCUGCGCUCACCUGAGCCCCAACAUUCUCUCAUCAAUUCUACCGUGGACAGUCGUGGAAGCGAAAUUACCGCACCCCCUAGUGUGCCAGACAACUCCUUAAGUCCCGCUUCUCCGUCCAACCCCGUAGAGAAACCAAGCGGGCACCAGCGGAACUACGACAAACCCCUCCAGUGGUACCACCAGUGUCCCAAGUGCAGCCGAGUCUUCCGGCAGCUGGAAAAAUACGCCAACCACCUCAAGAUGCACAAGCUCUUCAUGUGCCUCCUGUGCGGCAAGACUUUCACUCAGAAGGGCAACCUGCACCGACACAUGCGCGUCCACGCGGGCAUCAAACCCUUCCAAUGUAAGAUCUGCGGGAAGACCUUCACGCAGAAGUGUUCUCUACUGGAUCACCUGAACCUUCACAGCGGAGACAAACCUCACCGCUGUAACUACUGUGACAUGAUGUUCGCUCACAAGCCCGUGCUCCGCAAGCACCUCAAACAGAUUCACGGGAAGAACAGCUUCGACAACGCCAAUGAAGGCAGUCUGCAUGAUGGCGGGCCUGAAGAGAACGACACUAACGGGCCCUUUUUUGUUCACUCCAACAAUUAUGAGACGGACUUGAAGGAUACAUAUUAUGGAAAAUUGACUUUUUAA